AUGAGCUUGGCUUCCAAGGAGUCUGAGGUCGCCAACCUAGUUGCAGCUGUGGACACUGCUAAAUUUGAGAAGAUCCGAGCCGAGGAAGAAACAAUAAAGCUGAGAGCAGAGGUUGAAGAGGCUUCCAAGGAGUGGCUUGCAAGGAGCGGCUGGAUCUGGGAGAUGCCUUUCAGAGCUUCGAUGCUGCCUUCGAGAACUUCCAGAGGCAAGCCGAGAAGAAAUUUCCUGCAUUGGAUUUUGACUCCAUCAUGCCGGUUUUUCUGGAAGGGGCAAAGAGAAAAGGAGCCUAGGUCUCAACCGAGGAUGCUACUGUGCCACAGGAGGCUGAAAAACCACAAAGCGAGGCUUGCCCAUGCUGCUAAGAAUGUUUGUGCACCAUCUGAAGUUGGGAACAACCCUCACCAACAAGGUGGCCCAGACUCAUCUGAGAGUCCUGUUGAGGACAUUUGCUUCCCUUUGGCUACAAGAGGGACUCGACAAAGUGGAAUUGGGGAAAGCACUUCGAAGACCGAUGCCACUGAGCACUCGGCGUCUGAGCAUACAGAGUUGGUUGAUAUUACUCCUAUACAAUGUGAGCCAGGGCAGUAUGUAUGUUGUGCUUGUGAAUGGCCAAGGAGAAGAAAUUGGAAAGGGAAAUUUGGAGGAACAUUAUUGACCUUAAGUCCAACAGAUGGGCUAGGCUUCCACGCCGGUGUGAAGCCACGGGCGCCUCAUGUUGCAGCCUCGGUGAAUUUCAGUGAGUGUGUCCACCUUGAAGGUAAGGGUUUUUGGUUAACUACAAUCCGUUGA